AUGGAUAGUAUAAUAUCACCGGAAGGGUGUGGUGUGGGCCGCGAGUCAGUGCUGAUGAACGGCCAGUGUUUCCGCUGGUAUGCAAACUAUACACAACAACAGGACAUACAGUUUGGACGAUCGGCCAAACCGGGAGAAGUGCCGUUUGUGGCAUACAUUUUCAAAUAUAUGAAAUUAUGGAUAUUUCCUUACGGGAGAAAUCACUGUUCGGGUUCAAUAUUAAAUGAUCGAUGGAUUAUAACAGCAGCACAUUGUAUAUAUAAAAAUGGUUAUUACGAUAAAUCGGAUUUUACUGUAUAUCCCGGCACACAAUCAAUCAAACACUUACCACUCGGUUAUAGUGUGGACCAGUUGUACGCACAUCCAGACUAUAUGAGUGGUAAUGAAACCAAAUCUGAUAUCGGAUUAAUAAAAUUGAAACAAUGGAUACCACUUCCGACUAAACCAAAUACAAUCAGUCUUAUGAAUGCCAUUUGUUUGCCCACUAAUAGUAGUAUUAAAAGUAGUAGUAGUGGUAAAUAUAAACCGUCUGAAAACCUUAAUCAGUUGGCACUGGUAGCUGGUUUCGAUAUAAUAACGAUUUAUUAUCGUAUUAUAUGA